AUGAGAGACGGGCUGGGGGAGUCGUUGGUCUGCGACACAGCGAGCGUUCACCGCAGGCCGCUCCGGACCGACACCACCGCCCUCAAACACCCGGAGACAGGAGCCUCGCUGGCGGCUGAGAGAGAGGAGGAGGAGGAGGUGGAGGAGGAGGAGGAGGACAGCGACAAACAUGGAGCUGAGGACUGCGGGACACAGAGGCAGGAGGAGGGCUGUGGCCCCCCCGGGGUGUUCUCAAACAGCGAUGAGGCCCCCAUCAACAAGAAGCUCCCCAAAGAGCUCCUUCUCCGAAUCUUCUCCUAUCUAGAUGUGGUCACUCUCUGUAGGUGUGCCCAGGUAUCCAAGGCGUGGAACGUCCUGGCUCUAGAUGGCAGCAACUGGCAGAAGAUCGACCUGUUCAACUUCCAAACAGACAUAGAGGGCCGGGUGGUGGAGAACAUCUCAAAGCGUUGUGGAGGCUUCCUGAGGCAGCUCAGCCUCAGAGGCUGCCUGAGUGUCGGCGAUGCCUCCAUGAAGACGUUUGCUCAGAACUGCAGAAACAUCGAAGUGCUGAACCUGAACGGCUGCACCAAGAUCACAGACAGCACCUGCCUCAGCCUCAGCAAGUUCUGCUCCAAGCUCAAACUGUUAGAUCUCACUUCCUGUGUGUCGAUUAGCAACCACUCCCUCAAGGCCCUCAGUGAUGGCUGCAGAAUGCUGGAGAUGUUGAACCUGUCUUGGUGUGACCAGAUCACGCGUGACGGCAUUGAGGCCUUAGCCAGAGGCUGCACUGGUUUACGAGCACUUUUCCUCAGAGGCUGCACACAGCUGGACGAUGGAGCUCUGAAACACCUACAGAAGCACUGCCCUGAACUCACCACCAUCAACAUGCAGUCUUGCACACAAAUAACAGAUGAAGGCCUGGUCAGUCUGUGCCGGGGAUGCCACAAGCUGCAGAUCAUCUGUGUGUCCGGCUGCAGCAACAUCACUGAUGCCUCUCUCACUGCACUGGGACUUAACUGUCCUCGGCUCAAAAUCCUUGAAGCUGCACGAUGCUCCCAUGUUACAGACGCUGGGUUCACAAUGCUCGCCAGGAAUUGCCAUGAACUUGAAAAAAUGGACUUAGAAGAAUGUAUUUUGGUGACAGACAACACUUUGGUUCAGCUGUCAAUCCACUGCCCGCAGCUGCAAGCGCUGUCCCUGUCCCACUGCGAACUCAUCACAGAUGACGGCAUCAGGGCACUGAGCAGUAGUGCCUGUGGUCAAGAGCGCCUCACGGUGGUGGAGCUGGACAACUGCCCCCUUAUCACCGACGUGACCCUGGAGCACCUGAAGAACUGCCAUCGCCUGGAGCGCAUUGAGCUCUACGACUGUCAACAAGUCACCAGGGCUGGCAUCAAACGCAUCAGGGCGCAGCUUCCAGAGAUCAAGGUGCAUGCAUACUUUGCCCCUGUAACGCCCCCUCCCUCUGUACAUGGAGGUGGCCAGCGUCUGUGCCGCUGCUGCAUCAUCCUCUGACAGUGGAGGGCCAGGGGGGGCCACCUCUGUCUACAGGUCCUGCUGCUCUGAUCGGGCCUGAUUCAAAAGGUGGAGUGAGAGGAGAUUGGGAAGGUGGCGUAGGAGAGAGGAGGGGCUGGACCCGCUCACUGCUCCUAAUCACUGAUCAUUAUCCAGACUGAAUGCCACUGAUCCCCGAUCUGUCCAUACCACCUCUUCUCUUUCUUCUUCAUCAACCAGCGUUACAGCAGUUUGGGUUUAAGCUGCAGAGAGGUUUGAGGAAAGAGACAGGAAUGAAUGGACUUUCUUUUUCUCUCUGUCUUGUUCUCCCCUUUAUCCUUAAAAAAUGACAACUGGCUCUCCACUACAUACUGCCUCACACCCCUGAUGCCCCUUUGGGUUUAAAAGACUGCAAAUGGUCUGCUGCUGAUAGACUAUGGAUCAAACAAACAAACAAAAAAAAAAUAUGAUCAUCUUGGAAAGCAGGCCUCUGUGGAGUUAUCAUCUCAGCCAAUCACAUGACACCUCUCUGUGACCAUCCUGUGAUUCAGUCUACUUUGACCAAUGGACACGGAGCUGGGCUGUGGGGGAAAUGCAGAUCUCCAGUGAAGCUUUGUCACAGCCGGCUCAAGACUGCAGUCUAGAGGAUUUUGGACAGACAAGAAGUACAAAACAGGACAUGUAACAUAUUUGUUCAUCUGAAGACAAAAAAAAAAAAGAAGACAAAACAACUGUGGAGAUUUUAAUUCUGAUUGUACAGAGAAUGUUUAAAAAAAAGUACAACACAGAACCACUCGUUCAAAAAUCUAAUAAGGCCAUUGAAAACUGUUUUCUUAUUUCCAGUGCUUAUUGUAAUUGUCCAUGCCUGUCCACUCAGAGAGGGGCAUAUGCUUGUCUUUUUUAUGUAAAGAAAAAACUGUUGCUGUUUCACAAAAAAGGACCUAUGAUUCAGACCUUGAGGGUCAGAAAUAUUCAGUUGGCACUAAAUGUUUUGGGGACAAUAGGCACUCGUGAAUUUUUUGGUCCAGUUGACUUGUAGGCCCUGAUCCAGUCCUGUCGGUAGCCCUGUCAGCUAUCUCCUACUUGACCACUUAGCCUUUGUUUACAUUUCUAAAUGGCUUGUGCAAUGGCUUCAAAUGUGAAAAACAAAUCUCCACAGGUCUAAGAUAUUGGGUAUGAGACUGAGUAAAGACACCUCAAGUAUUUGACAAUCACAUGGUUUUAUGUAUUUAAAGUUUAUUUAGAAUAGAAAUGUGCAAUUGUCGGUUUAUGUAUGCUGUAAGAGAUUAUGAAUUGGGUUUUGUUUUCUCAGUCCUUCAGACUCUGAGCAGCACAAGAAUAAUUAUUAAUAGACUUUUACACAUCUGUUGAAAUCUGUCAGCCAUAUUGGUUAAAAUACUUAUUAACAAAUGACUUUGUCAGUACAGAACAUUCAGGAACAGAGUUAUAUUUAGUGAAAGUAGAGCCCUAGAAUCAAUUUAUUUUGCUCAAAUAAAGUGAAGAAUUUUAAUAUUUAUUUAAUCAAGAUGACUUAUUUAAAGACAUUCCCUUUUUACCACAACUUAAAAAGCUUAAAAAGACAAAGUAAUGCAACUUGAGGUAUUAUUAUAGUGCCAAGUGCUUUAAGAAUUAGGAGAGUGGCAGGGCAAUGGAUAGGACUGAAACUACAAGAGAAUGUAAAGAAUAAGAAAAUGCUCAGAUGAUUGCUGACAUGACUGGUUGUGAAACUAAUGUCCUCUGUUUGACAACCGUUUUAACAGGUUUAUGUUUAAGGAAAUAAAGAAAUACGUGAAAAUUAAACGAAUAAAUAAA